AUGCGGUUCUCAGCAACUUUAAUCUCCUCUCUUGUGUUGUCUAGCACAGCUCUAGCAGGGCUUGCCAACCAGACCUCUCCAGCAACCCAGGAUAAUACCGAGACACACUCCAUUGCUCAGCAGAACGCCGAAGCUGAAGCUGCACCAAACACUCCUCCUGUCGCCGAUCCCCAGAAUGAUGCCACCAGCGCUGCCUCUGCCGCAUUGGAACCCACAGAAGUGACGAACCAUGCCGCUGCGACAGCUGAUCCUUCCACUCACCAAGAAGAGAGAAGCAACGAGGCUACUGAGAGCCCAAGCUCUGCGCCAACACAACAAAUGCCUCACGCAAGUGCCCAAGACCCCACUGGAACUGACCUUGUGGCAGCCAGUAAUGAUCCUGUGAACACCAGCAACACUGCGCCUUCAACCACUGGUGCUGAUGCACAGACUGUUCAACAUACCAAGGCUCCUGGCUCAACCCCCCUUGGAACACCUGCCACGGAGACAGCGACAGUGACCCAAACUGGUACUGCUGCAAGCAGUACUGGCACAUAUAACGGCGCUGAUGACGAUGGUACCCUGCUCAGCUCUUGGAGUGAUUUCGGCAAUUUCCUAGAUGGUUUGAAAGGCCUCCUCUCCCCUACUUUGUUGGAGGAUAUCGAGUCGUUCUUCCACCAUGUCGCUUGGUUGCUUGAUGACCAAACCACCACAAACACCAAGAAUCUGAUCAAUACUGCUUCUGGGCUUCUCACAAAGAGUCUUAUAAACAAGCUGGAGGGUCUGUUGGACAGUGCUAGCGAUCUCCUCACCCCCGAGGUGGUUCAAAAUCUCAAGCAACUACUUCCCGAGCUUUCGCCCCAGCUUUUGAAAGAAGCGAGUAGUUUGCUCGAUAAUGCCAACAAGCUUCUUACCCCUGAGACAACAUCUGGGCUUCAGAAUUUGAUCUCAACUCUGGCGCCAGUCAUCAAGCCGGAGUUGAUUCAGGAGGUCAACAGCUUGUUGACCAACGGUAAUAAGCUUCUCACACCCCAGUUCGUUGACGAGACAAAGUCACUUAUUGGAAUCGUGGCGCCGGUUAUUACCCCUGAUUUGUUGAAGGAGGUGAACUCCUUGCUCUCGAACGGUAACAAGUUGCUGUCUCCGGAUUUCAUCGAUGAAACCAAGUCGUUGAUUGGGACUGUGGCACCAAUCAUUACUCCUGAGCUGUUGAAGGAGGUCAACUCUUUGUUAUCCAACGGUAACAAGUUGCUGUCGCCUGACUUCAUAAAUGAAACCAAGUCGUUGAUUGGAACGGUGGCGCCAGUGAUUACACCAGCGCUGCUGAAGGAAGUUAACAGCCUGCUUACCAACGGCAACAAGCUUCUCACCCCCGACUUCAUCACUGAGACCAGUAAUUUGAUCAGUACUGUGGCACCGAUGAUCACACCCGAGCUCUUAAAGGAAGUUAACUCUUUGCUCUCCAAUGGAAAUAAGCUCCUGUCGCCCAAUUUUGUCAAUGAGACUCAAGGCUUGAUUGGCACAGUGGCGCCAUAUAUUAGUCCUGAGCUCCUCAAGGAGGUGAACGCACUGCUAUCCAAUGCCAAUAGCCUCUUGACCGAGAAGACUACCAAUGAGUUGAUCAACCUUCUAGGUAUGGUUGGACCAGUCUUGACACCAGAGCUGUUGCAGAACGUGUCUUGGUUACUGGGCAACGGGACCACUCUGCUUAACCCCGGAUUCAUCAACAAGACUGCCGGGCUGAUUGAUGGUAUUGCACCCGUUAUCACGCCUGAGCUUCUGGGUCAAGUUGGCGGGUUGCUGAACAAUGCGGACGAUCUUCUUACCAAGAAAUUCGUUAAUGAGACGCAAGUGUUGAUCGAGGAUGCUGCUGAUAUUAUCCCUCUGGUUACCGAAUUGUUGAAUUCGCUGUAA